AAUUAAAUUGUGGUGCAGUAGGAAUAAAAAAUCUUUUCUCUCUCUAGGGAGCUCUCUCUCUCUCUCUCUAAUCCUCUGCCAUGGCGAGGAAAAAGAGAACAAGGAUUCUGCUAGAGUGCCUGAAAGCCAAAAGAAAUCUGAUAUUCGUGAUGAGAUUGAGAUUGCAAAUAACAUGAGCACAAUUUCGAAGACGAAAUCGAGAAUGAAUGGUGAGGGUAUUCCGCAAUUGAACUUUGAUGAUGCUAAGGAUCUGGAGGAUUUCAUCCUAUCGCCUGAACAAUCUAUUCAAGAAUUGAUUCAAGGGUCUCGACAGAAAUCUCAGCUUAUUGAAUGGUUAAUUGGGAUGACUACUGCUGUGAAGAGGAAUACUACUGUUCCAUUACCAGAUGACAGAGCAUCAGAGAAGGAGGAAUGGAAAGCUUUUUGCAGGCAACAAAGGAUAAAGGCUAUUAAAAUAUCAACGGAUUGUGCAACUAGAUGGAAUUCCACCUAUGAAAUGUUGAGUAGGGCAAUUAAGUACAAGGGUCCAUUAACAAUUUUUUAUAAUAAAAAAUUUCCACAAUUUGCUUUACUAGAUGAUGAUUGGUCUAAUUUUGAAAAAUAUAUGUAGUUUUUACAGUUAUUAUAUAGCAUGACACAUUGUUUUUCUUCUGUUUAUAAUCCUUGUGCUCAUUCUUUUCUUAGCAAUGCAUGUUUACUUGCACAACUUUUCGCUGAAUACCAAUCACAACACGAUUACGAUGGAUAUCUUCCAUCUAUGGAGGAAAAAUGGCAUAAAUAUUACACUACUCUUCCUAUGAUUUAUAUUUUUGCUUCUAUAUUAGAUCCAAGGCAAAAAUAUGAUGGCACAUUUUUAUUAAUUGAUAUUAUUUUCAAUGCAUGAAUUUUGAAGAUGAUGUUGAAUCUUAUAAAACAAAUGUAACCAAUCAAUUUUUUUCCUUAUAUAGAGUUUAUGAAUCUAAAUAUGGAACUGUGACUCGAUUUUCUCCUUCUCAAUCAUCCAAAAAUGUAAGUAAAAGGGCCAAAGGUUUAUUUGCACAAACUGCUAACAUGAUGUCUAAGUUUUCAGGUAGUGAAUCAUCAUCUAGGAGAACACAAAGAGAUGUUUCGGAGUUGCAAAUGUACUUAAGUUACGACUUCAUGAAAGGCAUGGAUGACGAAGAGAAGUAUGACCUCGACAUCCUUGAAUGGUCGAGAUCACAAAGCUCGAAGCAUCCAAUUUUGGCGGCAAUGGAACGAAAUAUUUAUGCUAUCCAAGUCUCCUCCGUUGCCUCCGAACGAGCUUUUAGUGCAUCAGGGAGGGUUUUAGACGAUAGAAGACCGAGACUAAAAUCCGAAACACUUGAAAUGUGUGGUUGUUUCAAGGAUUGAUUGGAUGCCGAAACUCGUUGCCAAGAACGUACUUAUGCAGAAAACGACAACGAUGAAGGAACAUCGAGUUCUACUAGUUCUCAAUCAAUUCAAUCGGCCGAUGAACUUGGACAAGAAGAAGAAGAAGAAGACAAACACGAAGAAGAACAAGAAGAAAAUUAGAUUAUUACAUAUUAUUAAUUAUAGCUAAUUUUUGUAUAAAAUAAGCUAUAAAGUUAAG